AUGUCCAGAUGCAGUGCAAAGAUGGCAGCCAGCAUCUUGUUUCCGUCUCGCCAGCUGCUUGCCCAUCUCGAGAAGGGCUCUAAUCCCCUGAAUUCUGUCCGGUAUGCCUCCCUGACCUCCGCCAUCAGCCGUGGUAUUCGGCGAUCACAGCCGCGGCCGUCAUUUCGCCCGUCACGAAGGUCUGCGGCGGACGAGGACCGGCCGAAGCGUGAGCCCCGGCCUCAGACGGGCCGGAGCAGUGAGAGGGAGAAGAGAUGGCCGAAGAAGGUGGACUUUGACGCUGCCGAGUUCGUGAAAAGCGGCCGCUUCGUGCCUGCCCGGAAAGAGAACCCCACGGCCAGCCCCGAGGCUGCUCACCGCAAGAAGCCAUCGAAAGAGGCUCCGAGGCAUCAUAGAGCCACGGACACGAUGCCGGAACGCAUCAGGACGAACGUGCGAGUGCCGGAAUCCAUCCCCUACUCGAGCCCGGCGUCGGAGUUCAUCUACGGGGCGAGUGCGAUUGAAGCCGCGCUGCGGUGCGGCCGCCGGAAACUGUGGAAGCUAUACCUAUACCAAGCUGCGGACGAGGAGCUGGGCGCGGCCAAAGUGGCUCUACGGAAGCUGGCGCUCACCAAGAACAUCCCCGUGAAGAUGGUGUUUGCAGGCUGGGACCGGCUGCUGGAUAAGAUGAGCGCGGGCCGGCCGCACAACGGCUGCGUGCUAGAGGCCUCCCCUUUACCCUGCCAACCCGUACGGAGCUUCGCGGCUGUACCCUCGACGGACGAGAGUCAUUUUUCAGUCGUGCUUGCCCCCCAGUCGCGCGAGGAGGCCGCCGUCAACGGGACGAACAGUCGGAUCGCGAUCGUGCGGCCCCAGUCUGCUUCUUCCCUGCCUCGCCCGCGCUACCCCUUUGCCUUGCUGCUGGACGGGGUGGUGGACCCGGGCAACGUGGGCGCCAUCAUCCGCUCAGCAUACUAUCUGGGCAUCGACGCGGUGAUCUUCGCUGGCCGAAACUCCGCGCCCCUCUCCCCCGUGACGAUCAAGGCGUCCGCCGGCGCUGCCGAGAACAUGACCCUGCUGCGCGUCUCCAACGAGGUGGCCUUCAUCCAAGAGUCUCGCGCCCAGGGCUGGAAAUUCUACGCCGCUGACGCCCCGCAGCAGGGCUCUGCCACCGUCGACCUCCUCCCCCUCUCCUCCGGUGCAGGCUCGGAUUCGCAGCAGGACCUGCUUGCUCAGUCCCCGACAGUCCUCAUGCUGGGCAGCGAGGGCACCGGCCUCUCCCACCAUAUCAAGUCUCACGCAGACGCCAUCGUGAGCAUUCCCGGCACCAGGCUCGCCUCGCCGCUAGGCGUCGACGCCGAUCCCGCUCGAGUCGACAGUCUGAACGUCAGCGUUGCUGCCGCUUUGCUUAUGGAUAAAUUCCUGGGCGGCCCUCUCCUCUCGCAAGUGCGCAGUAAAUGA